ACCAGUGUGCAUAUUACAGCACUGGGAACAUAUUGUCACAUCGGAGUGAUCCCCUGCUCCUGGUGGUGACAGGAGUGGGCAGUGCACCCUCCCUCUCAGCCCAGCCAAGCCCUGUGGUGGCCUCAGGAGGGAACGUGUCCCUCUCCUGUAGCUCACAGUUCACAUUGGGCCCUUUCCACCUGCUGAAGGAGGGAGGAGCUGACCCGCCCCAACACAUGGAAGCAGAAUGGAGGAUCCAUGCUGAGAGGUGGCAGGCCAUCUUCCCUCUGGGCCCCGUGAGCCCCUCCCCUGGGCUGACCUACAGCUGCUAUGGUUCUUCCAGCUCCUACCCCAACGUGUGGUCACAGCCCAGUGCCCCUCUGCACAUCAAGGUCACAGGUGUGCACAGGGAGCCCACCCUCUCGGCCCAGCCAGGCUCGCUGGUGCUGCCUGGACACAGCCUGACCCUCCAGUGCCACGCGGAGGCCGGCUUUGACAGUUUCGCCCUGACCAAGGACGAGGGGCUCACACACCCCCAGCACCUCUAUGGGCAGCACAGCCCUGACUUCCCCCUGGGCCACGUGAACCACACCCACGGGGGCCGGUACAGAUAUCACGAAUGGAACCUGAUCAUCCUGAUCGGGGUCUCAGUGGCCCUUGUCCUGCUGCUCUCCCUCCUUCUCUUCCUCUUCCUCCGCUUCCGGCAUCAGAGCAAAGGCAGCACAUCGG